AUGCCGAAACGAAAGUGUUGUGAACAUGCGACAAAACAUGCAAACUCUGCACGUGGACCAAAAGGAGUAGUGGCUGUGUCAUCACAGCUAUCGAUGUUUUUGGUUUCUCGAUAUGAUGCGGCUGUCGAUCAAAUUUUCUGGUUAUGUCCAAGAUGUCAUACAUUUGAAUGGAAGGAAAUGAUGACUCAUCAACCAAUGGAAUUCAACAACGACGAAAGUCCGAGUGAUGAUGAACACAUAGCAAAAGACUCUCCUCCCAAUGAUGACAAAAAUGAUGAUGAUGCUGCCAAUGUAGAGUUUAAUGAUCUGGAUGAUGAAGGAGAACAGAAUCCUCAAAUGGAUAGUGGUAUCAUAGCUCAGUCGGAAGACGAUGAUGAUGAUUCGCCAUGUAUGAAUGACGAAGCAACCGACCCUGAGUCGAUGGACGAAGAGAAAGACAAUGUUUCGUAG